UUUUGAUUGAAACAAACUUGUUUUGAAUGAGACUUAUUUGAGACUAUGAAUAAAGUAUUAUUGUAUUUAUUUAUUAUUUAAUUACCAAGUUAUGCCUUCAUAUUACACCAUGUCUAAAGAUCAGUUCUGUUUUAGUUGGGUGUCACACAAAAAUCAAAUUUCUCAAGGAUUUGCACGUUUACAACAAGAAGGCGAAUUCGUUGAUAUGACCCUAGCAGCUGACGGUCAUUUAGUAAAAGUUCAUCAAAAUAUAAUAGCACUUGCCAGCCCGUAUAUAAAGGCCAUGAUACAAUCGGCUGCAUGUCAGCAUCCAGUGGUGUUUCUAAAUAACAUCAAUUAUAAUACACUCUCUUCUAUAUUAGAAUAUAUUUAUACAGGUGAAGUGAACAUACCAGCAGAUGUUACACCAGAUUUUUUGCAAGCCUGUAAAGCGUUAUGUAUAAAAGGUGUUGAAAAGAUAGAUUUACCAAAGAAACAACCAUUCAAUACACUGCCAUCAGUACCCCAACCAUCAGGUCCGCCGCUACCAAAUACACUGCUGUCUGAUCCACCAAGCCAGCCCACAUGUUUGGGUUUAGAUUUACCACCAUUACCACAUUCUUUGGGUAUUGGCUCACCACCAGAAAGGCCUACCAUAGCACAGGACAAUAAUUUUGCAGCUCAUAUAACAAUUAAUAGUGAAAACUACAAUGUUGAAGUCAUACCAUCAGAAAGUAAUAUCAUGCAACAAGAAAAACAGUCAUUUUACUCUCUUGGUGAAAUUGAACUGAUGAAUUUUCCCACCUUGACAAGUUCUACUGCUGUAGAAAAUCAAAAUAUUGAACAAAUCGCUCCACUCCCUGAAAUGAAUAUUGUUGAAACUGAUUUUGAAUAUGUUGAUGCUUCAGUGCCUGUUGUAGAAGAGAACCAGACUGAAUUCUUAAAUAGUAAUAAUUUAAAUAUUGUUUCAAAUGAACCUGUUACAGUUUUUAAUUUGAACUCAAGUAAUCUACCACCUGCUACAAAAGUUACUCAUGGAGCUAUUCUGGGCAAAAAUGCUCAUAGACUACACUACUCUAUUUCUAAACGUGGGGCAUUGCAAUUAAUAUUAAACCAGUACAUUUAUCACUGUCAUCAUCAUUCUGAUGAAGGUCUUAAACGCCGUUGGCGUUGCGUAGACUACCGGAAACUGCAUUGUCCAGCAUAUAUAGAUACAUGCGACAAUAAAAUGGUCAACAGAUCUGAAAACCACAACCAUGGUGAACAUAAAACUGAAAUUAAGAGAAAGUUAAAAUCUAAAAUUGUAUUUACUUCAAUAACUCAAGCUACAAAUAAAAUUAUUGACAAAGAAAAACCUAAAAAGAUUAAAAGAACUUCCAAUACUUCUCUCAGAACUAAUCAAAUUAUCAAAAAUGGUGAGUUUGUAGACAUGACAAUAGCUGCAGAUGGACAUCUAGUGAAGGUCCAUCAGGUUCUGGUAGCAUUAGCUAGCCCUUAUCUAAAGGACCUUAUUUCUUCAGCACCUUGUCAACAUCCUGUUAUAUUCCUUAAUAAUGUUUCACAUCCCACUUUGUGCUUGCUGCUUGAGUAUAUCUACACAGGUGAAGCUGUGGUACCAGCAGAUUGCUUGAACAUGUUUGUUGAAGCAGCCAAGUCUCUACACAUUAGAGGAUUAGAAAAUAUUAGUUCAUCGCAAAACCAAACAAGUAUGCCACAACUAGAUGACAGCGACAUGUGUCACGUCAGCGGAAUCAAGAGAUUAGGUGGGCCACCAACAGAGAGUACAGCACAGGUUGCUUUGCCAUCAUCAGCAAGAAAGGUUUCUCUGAAACAAGACUCCACGGUAAAUAAAGACACAUCUCUACAAGCGGCUAUGGCGAUGCCAGUGUCCAGUCAGCAAGAGCAACACGGCCACCACGACUACAGCGACCUAAUGGAUGACUCAGAGGUACACGAUGAUGACAACGAUACGGACUUCCAAAUGCAAGAACCUAAACAAAACGUUCAAGAAAAGAAAGAUGCCCCAUCAGGUUCCAAUCUACAGUUCACGGUAUCAAUACGAGGAUCAUUGCAAGUGAUAUUAAACCGAUACAUAUACAACCUGCACUCUGCUCCCUCGCGGUCAGGACUGCGACGAUGGCGGUGUGUCGAUUACAGAAACAACAAGUGCACAGCAUCCUUGGUCACAAAAGGAAAUGUUGUGCUCAAUAGAGCCAACCUACACAAUCAUCCGUUCCACGACAAGAAAAUACUUUCUAAGAUUGAAAAGAAAGCAGUUUACUCCACCAUAGAUCAAGUAGAAGGUUAUAAGGAAGAUACAAAUGAACACAGUGACAUAUCUACACUAAAAGAAUUCCCCGAUGACACCGACCCUAAAAACAAUCACUCGAAUGUCAAAGGUUGAUUAAUUGAUGGUAGUUAUGCAAAUAUAAUGUUAAGCAACGUUA